AAAGAUGUGAAGAUGGUUUCUCUGGAGGGAUACUGGGCCUAUUUGGUAAACUGCUCUCAGUCUCUGAUACUGGAUCAUGGCUGCUGGACAUCAGAGAGUGAGAAAGACCUCAAGGACAUUAUAAUGGUCAGAUUGAGCAGUUUGCUUUUAAAGAGUCUGGAUCAGAUUGGAUCUUGCAGAGCACUGCGAAUUUGCUUCUUGGCGGAAAACUUUCUGACCAGGAUCGAAGCUCUGAUGGAAUGCACUCGCUUGGUGAAGUUGGAUCUGAAAGGAAAUCAGAUUGUUCAGCUCCCUGAUGCUUCAUGUUGGAGUCAUCUGAAAGAAUUGCGACUUCUAUAUCUACACGACAACAACAUGUCAACUUGGAACAAUAUUAAAGGCCUGUCUGGCUGUUUAAACCUGACUGCUUUAACUCUCUAUGACACCCCGCUCAGUUUAAAGAAGAGUUACAGACACUGUCUGGUCAACAGUAUAUGGUCACUGAAGGCCUUGGACAACUUUGUUAUCUCUGAUGAGGAAAUCAUUCAAAACUGGUCUCUUCCUAUUCGAUUCAAGGCCAUGAAUCAACACUUUUGUGUCAGUUUGUACCAAACUAUAAAGUCGGAUUCAUUUGAGACAGAGAUGAAAGCAACAUAUAAAAUAAUUUCUGAGAUAAACAGGAUUCAGGCCGUUUAUUCCCCUACACUAAUUAUACAGCGCUGGAUUCGAGGUCAUUUAAUUAGAAAGAGUCUUGGGCUUUGCAGUACAAAGAAACCGAUAACGUCUGAGAAACCAUUCAUUUCCAUGCCUUUGAGCACAGAAAUUGACCAGGUACAAUCCCAGUCUCAGAAAACAAUGGAGGAAGACACAGAUAACCACCCUGAACUAAAAAAUGAAGAGAGAAAAACAGAGAUCCAAAGACUUCAUGUGAACCUUGAUAAACUGAUGCAAACUGGCUACCCAGAGGUUAUACAGAAUGCUGCAAGUGUUAAAUCAAAUGACAGUCAACAAGACAUAAAAGCACCAUGCAACACUCCUCAGUGCAGUCAAAGUCUGAAAUCUAAGGCCCAACUAAAUACACUUGACCCAGAUAUCAGUGUGACUGCUGAUCUCUGUAAUGAAGAAACUGAAGAAGGAACCUUUCGUGUUUUGGGACUAAAAGCUUUGGUCCACCAGAGUGAGCCACUGAGUGACAUGUUGUGGUCCCGUAAAGCUGCAGGACAGGACGUACGUGAGGCCAUCAGCCAUUUUCACACUCAGAUACCGGGUCCACAGCCACGCUCUUCUGCAACUAUUCCAGGGAAGCGCAUGAUUGGUUGUUGCCAUGACAAAAUCAGCCUCACCUCCUUCAAAGUCAUUGAAAGAGUCCAUCAAGCAUUUGAUAAAGCCAGAAUGCAGAGACACCUUGAAGAGAAGGUAACGGAGCACCAGAUAGACCGUGAAGUAGCCAAGGGUCGCCGAGACAUCUUUACAGAAGCUCGAAGGACAGAAGUACGUCUGCGGCAGGAGCGGGAAAGAGUGGAUAUGGAGAAAACUCUUACUCUACAGAGAGCCAAGCUGGAGCAGGACAUCCAUCAUGCACGUCAGAAACAUGCCCGGUUUUUGGAAGAGAAGAGGAUGAGGAUCCAGGAGCAAGAGAUGGUUUGCAGUUUCAGCCAACAGCACAACUCUCUAGCAAGGGCCAUGCUUAGAUACCACACAUGGAAACGUGGUAACCAGUUAUGAAUGCAUGAAUGUUUUUAAUCAAACUCUCGGUUUAACAUGAAAUUUACAUAUAGGUUAGUUAGAACCCAUUAGUACACAUUAGCUUCAAAAACAGAAUAUACUGCACUAUAGUAUAGAAUAGUCUAAUAAUAUAUUACAGUACUUAAUAGAAUAUGUCUGCAGAGAUUAUAUUAUAGACAUUGAGAUCUGCUCCUCUUUUCAAAAUCAAAAAUAUUGCAUAACAGGACCCAACCCCCCCCCCCCAAAAAAAAACUCCCCUAAUACACAACCACCCCCAUUCUUCAGGCACAAGUAUUAAGAAACUAGUAGCCACCAACUUUACAUAACAAGUAAUUCCACAUUAUCUGGAUUAUUAUUACACUCUUUACAUAAGCACUUAAGAAAGAUUAACUGAAUGGCAUGUUUUAGCAGGAGAACUGAUUCAAAUAACAAUAUUCUUUGCUAUGUUUCUCAACAGUUGUAGUAUAACAGGAGGAUCUUUAAAUGAUCUUUUAAUUCCAAGGCAAGUUUAGCUUUUUAUUGAAUAAAGAUGAGCUACACUAAAUUGCUACAUGUAACAGUAUUUAUUUAAAAAGGUCCUGUCCAACGAAUCAGCAGUGUGAAAAUCAAGGCAUUGUUCUGGUCUGACAUUAAAUGGCAGAGUCUA